UCGAUAUAAAAGGCCGACGCGCGCGCACAACAUUCACAAACUCGCUAGAAACGAUUUUCCUGAGGGAAAGAUUGUAGGCGUUCAAAAUGUGCCGACUUCAAAAGAUAACGACUCACUCGACCAAGAUAAUGAGGAAAAGGUGCAACUGUCUGGAGACCUCUUGUCCGGAUCCUACAUGGACCACAAAAGCUCCACAUGAAAAAACAGAAGCGCUCAUAAAGAAAUAUGAAGUGCAGGAGAGAAACACUGCUAGACAUGCUCAUGAAGCGUUCAUAAACAAGCUGGAAAGGGUCCUCAAGGUCCACGCUCCUGCUCCGCCCACCGUUCCCAGAAGAGCCCAGCAGGAGGAGAACCUAAAGCAACGAAAGACUGGUAACCCGCAUGCUUUGUUCCAGUUUAUGGACAGGUCACAGAAAACUCAGCACUCAAUUGGAUCUCUGAUGAACCCUAGCUCCCCUCUUGAACGUGUGUUGCAACGAAUCCAGAAGGAGAUGCCAGGGGUGGUUCAUCAGCCUGAGAAAAAGAGACCAUGCUGGCCUAAGCGGAAGACGGAGUACACGGAAAACUUUUUCGUCCUGGAAGAAGUCAGUGCUCCUGCAUGUCCUCUGAAAAAGAACGUUAAGUUAUUAUCUUACCCUCGGUUUGCAGGCAUGGCCGGAAUCCGGCGCAGCGAAUACCAGGACAUCUACCGUCCUAAGGUCCCGACUCGUCAUUUCAACGUCGCUCUCUACCGACAGAGCCAUUGAACAGCUUGAAAGCAGGUCCCUCCCCCCUCCCCCCGCCCCGCCCCGCCCACAACAUUGCAGGUUUCUGUGAUGUAAAAAAAAACACAUAAAUAAAUAAAUCCAUAUAAAUAUAUCGAAAUAAUAAAUAAUUCAUAUAAACAUAUCAAAACAAUAACUAAUCCAUAUACAGUGCAUCCGGAAAGUAUUCACAGCGCUUCACUUUUUCCACAUUUUGUUAUGUUACAGCCUUAUUCCAAAAUGGAUUAAAUUCAUUAUUUUGCUCAAAAUUCUACAAACAAUACCCCAUAAUGACAAUGUGAAAGAUGUUUGUUUGAAAUCUUUGCAAAUUUAUUAAAAAUAAAAAACAAAAAAAGCACAUGUACACAAGUAUUCACAGCCUUUGCUCAAUACUUUGUUGAAGCACCUUUGGCACCAAUUACAGCCUCAAGUCUUUUUGAGAAUGAUGCUACAAGCUUGGCAUACCUAUUUUUGGGCGGUUUCUCCUAUUCCUCUUUGCAGGACCUCUCAAGCUCCAUCAGGUUGGAUGGUGAGCGUCGGUGAACAGCCAUUUUCAGAUCUCUCUAGAGAUGUUCAAUCGGGUUCAAGUCUGGGCUCUGGCUGGGACACUCAAGGACAUUCACAGAGUUGUCCUGUAACCACUGCUUCGUUAUCUUGGCUGUGUGCGUAGGAUCGUUGUCCUGUUGGAAGAGGAACCUUCGCCCCAGAGCGCUCUGGAGCAGGUUUUCAUCAAGGAUGUCUCUGUACAUUGCUGCAUUCAUCUUUUCCUCGAUCCUGACUAGUCUCCCAGUUCCAGCCGCUGAAAAACAUCCCCACAGCAUGAUGCUGCCACCACCAUGCUUCACUGUAGUGAUUGUAUUGGCCAGGUGAUGAGUGGUGCCCUGUUUCCUUCUUCCAUUUACGGAUGAUGGAGGCCACUGUGCUCAUUGGGACGUUCAAUGCUGCAGAAAUGUUUCUGUACCCUUCCCCAGAUCUGUGCCUCGAUACAAUCCUGUCUCGGAGGUCUACAGACAAUUCCUUGGACUUCAUGUCUUGGUUUGUGCUCUGACAUGCAUUGUGAACUGUGGGACCUUAUAUAGACAGGUGUGUGCCUUUCCAAAUCAUGUCCAAUCAACUGAAUUUACCACAGGUGGACUCCAAUCAAGUUGUAGAAACAUCUGAAGGAUGAUCAGAGGAAACAGGAUGCACCUGAGCUCAAUUUUGAGUGUCAUGGCAAAGGCUGUGAAUACUUAUGUACAUGUGCUUUUUUUUUGUUUUUUAUUUUUAAUAAAUUUGCAAAGGUUUCAAACAAACUUCAGACAAAUAUAUCAAACCCGCAACAUCAGUGUUUGGUAGCCCAUGCUCCAUGGUUGAUCUGAAUAUGAGGAGAACUACAAAUUCUUCAGCCGCAUCACAUCAAGACAUCCAGUCUACUUGCAGAGAAAUACUUACAUCAAACACCAGAACAUCUUGGCAUCCCAGCGAUGCCACCCCAAUCCGUUACUGGGAGACCUGAGUGUGUUACGUCACUCCCUGAUGUUGCAUGUGCAGCGGUUUGAAAAGAAAGCUGGAAAAUUGGGAAGAUAUGGGAAAAUGGGAAAAAAAAAAUAAAAAAAAAAUCACAAACACAAUAAACAAUAGAGCAAGA